AGAGAGAGAGAGAGAGAGAGAGAAUAUGUGAGGGGAGGGAGAAGGAAGAGAUUCUUGGCUCGAAAGGAACACGAAAAGAGAGAGUUUGGGAGAGAGAAGGGGGAAUAAGGAGAGGGGGACGAGGUCGAACGCGGAGAGAUGCGGGAAGAGCACGCUUGGGGGGAAUUUUCUAGAAAGUCACUGGAGUGGGGCAGCGAUGCUAGUUCGCAUAGAAGAUCUGAACUCGGAGCUCUUACAAGAGAAAAGAGGAAAGCAAAUCCAAAGGAAAAUUCUGAUUGGCUUUUUUUUUUGUGUGGUUAUUCUAUGAAACAAUGAAGAAUGAUUUUACUCUCAAUAAGGUGACCGAGGAUAAUCUUUUCAAGCACGCUACUCCGUGGAGAAUGAGAAAGUUUGAAUGGCCACCACUACCUCUCCGACGGUCGCAGCAACGUUGGCAACUGCAUGGUCACCCUCAACAACCAUGGCCAGUUCGUCGUGAGCGACGACAAUGGUUCCACUCUUUGGACCUCCGAGCUCAAGUCCAAAACACCUCGGGGCAGGUAUGCAGCGGUAGUGAGGCCAGACGGCCAAGUCUCCAUCUACGGCCCCGCCGUCUCGGCCACGCUCUACUUCCCAUUCCUAACGGACAGCAGAGAGUUUCCAGAGAAUGUCUACAUGCGGGUGGGCCGCAGCGUGCUGUUCUCGGGGCAGAUACUGCAUGACGGACAGAUGCAGCAGUCGAGGGGCAGCGAGCUCAUGAUGAGCAAUGACUGCGGUCUCACUCUCAUCACGAGCUUGCUUGGGAUGAUAUGGCAGUCACCGACCGGCGGGAGGGGCUGGCAGCCAUUCCAGGCUCAACCACCGAGGCCAGUUGACCGUGCAGGAUGACCGGAAUACUGUACUCUCAGUAAGCGGCCGUGAGUUGGUGGAGGCGAUUACGUCCUGGUCCUACAGAUCAACAGUCAGGCUGUCAUCUACGGCCCGGUCGUGGAGAGUUUCUUUCAGUGAUCAUCGAGUUCAUGCAUCUCGACAGCUCAAAAUAAACGGAAUGCCCUACGAAUUGAAGCACCAUAAGUUAAUUGGCUAGUCCUCACUAAUUUCUAGAUGGUUACAUAAACUUCCCUCGGGGCACUGGCAAUGUUCUUAGACUUGCAAAUAGCUGGAAAAAUAGAAGAAAAAAGGAAAUUACUCUCUAUGUCUGGGACUCUGUUUGCUGAAGUUUACAGUAUAGAUUA